AGGGACAACAUUAUACUUUAGAAAGAAUAUUGGGAGUUGAGAGCCAUCUUUCUUUCUCGUCCAAAAUAUAUUUCUUCUUCCUCAAGCAGAACAAAAGUAGCAGUGCCGAGGCCUAUUUACACUCCCACUUGCCCCUAUUUCUGCAAAUCCUGUUUACUGCUGGAACUUUACGUUAUCAUCUUCAAACUCUCGGUUGGUUAUAUUAAAGACUAGUCUUUAAACUCAAUGGGUGAUAGUCAGUACUCUUUCUCACUCACCACUUUCAGCCCAUCUGGAAAGCUGGUUCAGAUUGAACAUGCAUUGACUGCUGUUGGAUCUGGUCAAACUUCAUUAGGGAUUAAAGCUGCUAAUGGUGUUGUAAUUGCUACUGAGAAGAAGUUACCGUCCAUCUUAGUUGAUGAAGCAUCUGUGCAGAAAAUACAGGUUUUGACGCCUAAUAUUGGAGUUGUCUACAGUGGGAUGGGCCCCGAUUCUCGAGUUUUGGUUCGGAAAAGUAGAAAGCAGGCUGAGCAAUAUCACCGACUCUAUAAAGAACCAAUCCCUGUCACACAGCUGGUGAGGGAAACUGCUGCUGUCAUGCAGGAAUUCACCCAAUCAGGUGGUGUAAGGCCAUUUGGUGUUUCACUCUUGGUUGCAGGAUUUGAUGACAAGGGUCCCCAACUAUAUCAGGUGGAUCCAUCUGGUUCAUACUUCUCUUGGAAGGCUUCAGCUAUGGGGAAGAAUGUCUCUAAUGCAAAGACAUUUCUCGAGAAGAGGUACACGGAGGACAUAGAGCUCGAUGAUGCUGUACACACUGCUAUACUGACUCUAAAGGAGGGAUUUGAGGGACAGAUCUCUGGCAAAAACAUUGAGAUUGGCAUUAUUGGAACUGACAAAGUAUUUAAAGUUCUCACGCCAGCGGAAAUAGAUGAUUACCUACAAGAAGUGGAAUAGAUUUUCUUUUCCGCCAAAGGCAUAGGAAAAAGUUGUCAGGUUGGAAGUGCAGACGGAGUCAUAGCACAACUAUUGGAUGUUCUUGUUGGCUUGGUUAUAACUUGAAUCUAUUCAAACUAGACUUAGUUGUAUGUUGGCCAUGUUGUGGUUGUUUAUUGCCUGAUUUAUGCUCUGAAAAGUAAUACUUAUGGGUUUUCUUUUCUCAUUAUCUUGAACAUUAUAGAUUGUUCAGUGUCGCCUGAAACACAUGACAGUAAAAUUAAUCAUUAUAUUAUUUGAGCAA